CUGCGGGCGGGAGCGCCGGGGCCACCGGGCUCCGCUGAGCAAGAGGGCGGUCAGCCCGGAUCCGAGCCCCGCGCGUCCUGUCCCGAGGCGGAAGCCAGCAUGUGGAGAUGGCGGUUGCCCCGCGGCGUCGAGGUCUUCACCGCCUGCCCCGACUUGCUCUUCAUCUUUGAGUUUGUCUUUGGGGGCCUGGUGUGGAUCCUGAUCGCCUCGUCCCUGGUGCCCUUCCCCCUGAUCCAGGGCUGGGUGAUGUUCGUGUCUUUGUCCUGUUUCAUAGGCACCACAGCCCUGCUCUUCGUCUACAUAACUGAUGGCAAUAAAUGGAAUAUUCCUUGUUUAGAACAGGACACAACCUACCACUAUAUAGCCUCCCUGUUUUACCUCAGCGCCUCCGUCCUGGAAGCUUGGGCCACCGUUACCAUGGAAGGUAGCAUCACUCCUGAACAUUUUCUUGAAAACGUCUUUGCUACAGUGUUUGCAUGCCUAGUCACUCUGCUGUACAUGGUGCAUGCGUGUUGUCUAUGCCGCUGAUAGACUGAAGUUUAGCUGAAAACCCAGACGGUGGUAACUGAUCGGCCUGCCUUCCAGCAUAACUUUUUAGAAUGCAGAAAUGCUCUCGAUGGUGGAAAAAAGAAACCAAAA